AUGGUUAAUAAUCCAGCUUCCAACACAGGAGCAAAACUGUGGGCAGUCUCAAGGAGGGGGUCCAACGCGAUAGGGGGACUGCAGAACAGCAGCCAAAGGGAAAGGGCAGCCAAGCCUCUGGCUCUCCUUAACAUGCAGAGAGUUUCACGGCCAGUCCAGGACCAAGCCCCAGCCCUGCAGCCCACGGCCAAGCUCUCGGGACCUCCCCAAGGCCAGUUCCUGAUGAAUGACAGCAGUCUCUGCACGCUGGAGGACCAAGUCCUCUGUCCCGUUUGCCUGGAGGUGUUCCGCAACCCGGUCACCACCGCCUGCGGGCACAACUUCUGCAUGAGCUGCCUCCAGGGUUUCUGGGACUACCAGGCCACCGUGGGCGAGCCCCUCUACUGCCCCCAGUGCCGGGAGAGCUUCCCCACGCGGCCUCGCCUCUGCAAGAACGUCAUCCUGGAGGAGAUGGUGACCUGCUUCACCCAGGCCAAGGGCCAGACCUUGGGGUCCUCACGGAGCCUGGCCGGGCCCAGGGACGUGCCCUGCGACUUCUGCGCCCCCGAGCAGCUCAAGUCCGUCAAGUCGUGCCUGCAGUGCAUGGCCUCCCUGUGCGAGAAGCACCUGCGCAGCCACUUCGAGGACCAGGUGUUCCACGGGCACCAGCUGCUGGAGCCCGUGUGGGACCUCAAGAGCCGGCUGUGCCGGAAGCACCGCAAGCUCCGGCGGCUGUACUGCCGCACCGAGGGCUGCUGCGUGUGCGGGGCCUGCCUGCUGGAGGAGCACAAGAACCACGACACCAUCCCGCUGGAGGAGGAGCGAGCGCAGAAGGAGGUGGAGGUUCGGAAGGUCCAGGCCAACGUGGAGAACCAGAUGCUGAUCAUCACCUCUGACAGCCAGAAGCACCGGGGCCAGGUGGCUUUUCUCUCGAAAUUGAUCCAGACAACCCGGGAAGAGGUGAACGCCUGCUUCUCAGAGAUCAUCCAGGAGAUCAAACAGAUGCAGAUGAAGGUGCUGGAUUUCGUGGAGAAAGAGGAGGCUGCCGCCCUGGGGAAGCUGGGUGGCUCCAUCCAGCAGAGUCACAACCGGCUCCUGAAGCUCGAGGGGGACAGCAUCUGGCUCCGCAGCCUGCUCGCCAACCGCAGUGACCAGCAGUUUCUGCAGGAGUUGCCCAGGCUGAAGCACUUCCCUGCCUGCAUGGAACCCCUCAUGGGUACCAACUGUGAGGAGAAGCAGAGCUUCCUCCAGUUGCCAGAGACCUUGGCGGAACUCCGGACCCGGCUGGUGGACAUGGGUCUCAGCUUCAUCAACCAGCUCCUCCUGAAGGGCAUUAAGAUGAACUCCUAUGAGGUGCUGCCCCCAGAUGUGGACAGGAAAACCCUUCUCAAGUGUUACUGCAACCUGAACUUCGACCCCACGACGGCCAGCGAGGAGCUCUUCCUGUUCAAGGAGACCCACUCGGUGCUGAACCUGGGCAUCCUCCUGGAGCCCUUCGCGGCGGGCGGCCCCUUCCCGGGCUUCAAGCAGUGGCCGCAGGUUCUGUGCUCGCGGGGCCUGGCCGAGGGCCGCCACUACUGGGAGGCCGACGUGUCCAACUCGUGGGUGUGCCUGGGUGUCACCUACCGCCGCAGCCCCCCGCUCGGCGGCCGCCCGCGCCGCAACAUCGUCUACCUGCUGGGCCGCAACCCCUACUCGUGGUGCCUGGAGUGGGACUCGCUCAAGUUCUCCGUCUGGCACAACAACACGCAGACGGUGCUGCACGGCGGCUACCACCGCACGCUGGGCGUGGCGCUCGACUGCGCGGCCGGCUGCCUCUCCUUCUACGGCGUGGCGGGCGGCGUGAGCCUCCUCUACCGCUUCCUCGCCUCCUUCCUGGAGCCGCUCUACCCCGCCGUCAUGGUCAGCAGCGGCGCCUCGGUCACGCUCAAGCAGCGCCCCUCCGAGGCCUAGGCCAAUAAAGCUGGACUCGAGCGCUGGCUGCGCCCGCGGGAAGGGGCGCGCCGGGGAGGGUGGCCGGCCCGAGGGGGUCCCCUGGCCCGGGGUGGAGGGGCGGGCGGCGAACCCGCCUCCUGACCCGCUGCCUGGACUUCACCAGCGACGACCCCCCAGGGGUCCCGGGAGGUCCUGGGGAUCCCUGAAAACAGGCCGAUCCUCCCGUCCCCACUGUCACGGGAGAAGGGGCUCUGAACCAGGCUGGCGAUCCCCCUGGGACUGGGGACAGCCCGGUGGCCUCCAGAGGGGGGAUUCCUGACCAGGAUGCUCGGCCUCCCACCCGUGAGCUCCCAAGCCCCGUCGGAGGGUGUCCGGGCUGGUCCUGGCCCCAGGUUGCCCAGGAGUGGGCAGGGCUUGGGCCAGGUGACUCCUCCCCCACAGGUGGCCAGACGGAGAGUCAGCACCUGACCCGUGGGGGUAGGGGUGUUCUGAGUCACUGGCUUAAUUGGAGGCUAGGAAGUUAAGCCGGGGAAUCAUGACUGUGCCAGACCUCCCUCCCCAAAAGGCUGAGGGCCUCGGUUCUCAGGCCGGGCUGGGGCCCCCAUUCCUCUGCCCAGCAAGAGUUUUUCUCACAGGGCUGGUGUUUUGCAGCUGAGGAGCCUGUGGAACUGAAGCUCUCUGGGUGGGUGACCCUUAGACAUCCUGCACCCUCCGCAGCGGGCCUGGAAGCUGCUCUCCACGCCCCCCAGACUUAAGCCCACUGC